GUCCCAUACUUCUACCUAACCUCCCUACGCCUUAGGGACCUCCCUGGACCUCCUAGAAGCCCCUUCAAGGGUCAUACCUCUUCACCCCAGCCACUACUAGGUCAUUCCUGUCCUCAGUCGCGGUUCCCCCUGCUCCUAGCACGCUACAACAUAAACCCUUUUACACCAAACCCUACCUUAAGACCUAUUCUGACCCAGGUCUUACACCGAG